GCAAGUGCAGCUCGGAGUGAAAGCAGGUUUUUGUUUAUGCUGGAAUGUUUGAAUGCAGCUUAAUUUAGUUUACUAAGGAACUAAAACUUGAAAUAAAAAGAAGACGGCAGAAUGUGGGUUGAGAACAGUGAAGCUGCAGAGUCUGAUGGGGAGAUUGGCUUAUCUUCCGAAGAUGAAGGAGACAUUCAGUAUGAGUUCCUGGAAAAGCAGAGGGAUGCAGCCAAUCAGAGACUGUCUGAUCUGGAGGAAGUCUCCAAUCAGCUCUUGAAAGAGAUUAAUGUACUGGAGAUCCAGUUCCAGAUUGAGCGGUCUUGUAGGGAGAGUGCUGAGGCGCUGGCUGUCAAGGUGACCAAAGAGAACAAAGUCCUGAAGAGGAGGAGCCAGAUGCUGAUGCCGCUCAUCUCCGAGCUGCCCGAAAACCUGGCUGAUGCGACCUCUGACCCAGAGACUGACCCCGUAGUUAACGGUGACGUGGUUGAUCUCGGUGAGGACAGUGGCGGUGAGGAGACGCUGCUGCUGCAGAGCCAAUCCAAGAUCGCAGAGCUGCAGGCGUCAGUGGACAGUCUGCUGGCUGAGAAGCUGCAGCUGGAGCAAGAAAUAGAGGCUCUGACCAAACAACAGGACCAGCUCAGAGAGCAGCUAGCUCUGGAGGUUGAGGAGAAAGAGGCCAUACUGCGGAAAAUGAGCAAACAGAGCAAGACCAUGAAUAAAAUCAAACGAGUCUCCCAGCUUGUCACAGAGGAGUUCACAGAAAUGUCUCAGAGACUGGAGCUGGAGGAGGACCUCCGACAGCAAGCUGAAGUCUUUGCCCACCAGAUGUUGGAGCAGCAGAAGGCGGCCCACAGACAGAGCAUGAUGGUGAUGCAGAACUCAGAGAUCUGCCUGCAGUUACAGCAGGCGCUGGAACAAAUAUCCAAAAUCAGCACAGCCCUGAGUGAUAUACAACGCUGCUACCAGGACCAGGUAACACAGAGUCAGAGUGCUUCGGAAGAAAGCAGUGUCCUCUCUGAGCUGCAGACCCUGAGAGAGCAGCUGGAGAAGAGUGAGGUGGAGAGAAAGGCCUUGGAAACUCAGCUGUCUGAGGCGAACAGCACUGUCACACAGCUCCAGGAAGAAGUGAAGCAGUUACAAGAAACACUGAACAGGGAGGAUAUGACUGACAAACUUAUGGCGGAAUCCACUCCUGCUCCACCUCCACCUCCACCUCCACCGCCUCCACCUCCACCUCCUACUGUUGUUAUCAAUUCACUUGAUUUCCUGAGGAGCAGGAGGAAAGAUAGAGCGAGUAAAGACGAUCUAAAAAAACCAGCACCCUUGCUGGACAUGAAGUCAAAAGCAGUGGAUGAAAUGAUGGACAGAAUAAAGAAAGGCAUCGUCCUGAAGCCCAUCAAGAGAGUACAGGAGGAUGACAGUUCAUGGAAGGACCAGAAGAGUGAAAACAGAAAAUCAGCCGUUCUGGAGUUGAAAGGAAUGCUGGACAACAUGAAACGCCAGCACCACCGCAGAGUGUCAUCCAGGAGGGGAAAAGGCCGAAAUGUUGGGGAUGCAGAGCUCCUGCUGGUGCUCCAGAGGAGGAGGAGAGUGAUGGGGGAGAACCAGGACCCGUCCUCCUCAACCCAAACACAGGACCCCCAACCAGGUGCACAGUGUGUCCCAGCAUCAGGAGAUGCUCCGUGGGCAGGUGAGUGCAGUAACUCUCCUGUGCUCCGGAGGCUGAAACAGAACAGAGAGAAGAGGGAUUCUCGUAUCAGAGCAUCAGCACUGAUCAUCAACCAAGAAAACUGAGAGCAGUCAGAGGAAGAAGUGCAUGACGUUUCACAUUUGAGGAUCAUUGCAAUUUUUGUUUUAUAUGAUGAUGAAAUGCAGAAGGGCUUGUUGACCUAUUAGGAUGUUUUUUUUUCUUUAACUUUGACUUUAAAGGUGCCCAUCAUAUCUUUGAAUUGAAUUACUACAUGAAAGCACUGCCUAUGUGAUCCCUUGCAAUAAAAUGUCAGGAAACCA